AGUGUACACUUUGAGAAUUCUUAUGCAUGGUGUAAGCGUGAAAAUUUUUGUAAAGUUAACGUUGCGUGACAGAAACCUGCUACGUCAGUGUAAAAAGAUAUGUAUCGUCAAAAUAUAAGGGUUUAUCCCGAAGCAGUAGAUGAUCCAAAUACACCCCAAUGUCCUCACGGACCGUGCUUACUUCUUUCGAGGCAAACUGAGGGAAAAAAUAAAGAUAGAAAAUUUUUUGCCUGUUCUGCCUGUAGAAAUCGCAAAGAUUGCAACUUUUUUAGAUGGCUUGAUCAACAAGGUGGACAAAACAAAAAGAUAGAUGCGGAUGCCAGGAUUAAGCUAAAUGAAAAGGGCGCGAGGGAAAGCGUAAGAAGAUUUAACAGAUUCAAAGAACUGAAAGAAACUAAUUCCCCAUCUAUUAACUUUUGCGAAACUUGUGAAAUUCUGUUAAAAAAGGAUGAAGAAAAGACUCAUCUAGGGCACCUGCAAAAAAUAAUCUGUUCAAAUGAUAUCAAACCCUCAUCUCUUUUGCGACCGUUGCAAAGAGAUUCAAAAAAUGCUCAAUACCAUUUUUCGGAAGAUAGUGAAAAAUUCUUGACAAAGACCAUAUUAGACUCGAAAUUUGAGCGGGUUGUGUGUAUUGGAACGCCGAGGUUAUACGAAAGUCUCGUUCGGCAAAUGGAUAAUUCGCAAGUCGUACUUAUGGACAUCGAUUCAAGAUAUGUUACAUAUGAAAAUCAUAAAAAGUUGAAGAGAUCCUCAAAUGGAGCAAAGGGUUCACCAGUUAGAAUAUUUACCAAUAUUUCCCCUGCAAAAAUCCGAUUACCAUGCCAAGACUACAGAUUUUGCCGCCAAUGUGAACGAUAUGUUAAGAAGAAUAAUGUACACUGCCCUAAAUGCAAUUCCUGUACAGGCAAAGAUGGUGGCAGAUAUGUUCAUUGCGGAGCUUGUGAAAAAUGUGUUAAGGAAAGUAGAAAGCAUUGCUCACAAUGUGGUUUUUGUCACUUGCCAGAUGAUCACAGAAGAUUAACAGAAGUGGAUGAAGACUCUGAAAGUUCUGAGAAAACUUUGAAAAAGGAAAAAAUAACAAAAACAAUUGACAAUGGAUUGAGUUCUCUUAACGCUAAAUGCGUCAUCUCUACCGAACAAAAUAAGAGGAUGAAAGAAGAUAUGAAAGAAAAGAAAACGGAUUGCACUGAUUACAGUUUGUCUCAAUUUGACAGAACCAUUGAAAAUGGAAAGAGGAAGUUGAAGGAAAAACCAGACAAGAAAGAAUGCCUAAAAGCAAGCAAGAGAAAGAAGAAACAUUGCUUAGAUUACGAAUUGUCUCAUUUUGACGGCGAACACGUCAAAAGCAUCGAAAAACGAAAAAGAAAGUUAAAAGAGAAAAAACAGCCGGCUACUAAACGAUUGAAGAGAAAACUGUUGUAG